CUUGAACUUGCUUGCCUAGCACAAUUUGGUGUCGCGCGUCAAAGUGUUGGUGACGCUAGGACACGUCGAGUCUGCCACAACCAGACCUGGUAGUACCCUAGAACAUGGCGAUGGAGCUCGAGCUCACCAAACCAAGUCUGGCUCGGAAGGAACUUUCGCUACCUCUUACAGCUCCGGGAGUUGCAAUGAUCUAGCCGCGCCUACUAAAAACAGACGCAGCUAAAAGCAGAGUUCAUAACUACCAACAAGGCACUCUCGUUCAUUCCUCUUGAUCAUCAUCACCCACCACUUCCCUGCCUUAGCACCGUCACUCGUUUCCUAGGGUGUGCUCUGAGCCGACUUCCAUUAUCACCUCGCGAUAAGCCUUGUUGCACUCUGCAUCAGAGCAUUAAUACCAUUUGACCAUUGGCAUAGGCCAACCACUUCGGCAUAUGGCUUCUUUCCACAACGAGAAGUAUGGCAAUGAGGUCGACAAUGACCGCAUUGAGCCCCACAACCCUUUCGCUACACCAGGAGCGGCAACACCCAACACACUCACUCCCCGAGGAUCCCAUCAGAACUCGCGAUCAGCAAGUAGGGAUGGCUCAAGCACUGGCUUCCGUGGCGGAAAUGACUUCAACUACUUUCGCUCACGACGAGUCAAGAAGGGCGAAGUUGAGAAGCCUUGGCUAGACAGAAAAGACCCUCGCGAGAAGUGGGUUACUAUCAUUCCCAUUGCCGGUCUUGUCCUCGGUCUCAUUGUUACUGGCAUUUUGAUCUGGGACGGUAUUCGCAGCGUCGCGGUCCAUAAGUACUGCGAGAUCUACACAGACGACUUCAGCUCGUGGAACGACAAGGUCUGGACCAAGGAGUCCGAAGUUGGUGGUUACGGUAAUGGCCAGUUCGAGCAGACCACCACCACCGACGAGAACGUUUUUAUCAAGGAUGGCGUCCUUGUCAUCAAGCCCACACUCCAGGAUGAGAGCUUGAUCAACAACGACAACAUCAUCAACCUUGGAGAUGGCUGCACUGGAACUAAGUGGUCCGACUGCAUGGUUGCCACCAACACCACCAACGGUACAAUCGUCAAUCCUGUCAAGUCUGGUCGCAUCAACACCAAGCUCGGUGCCUCCAUCAAGUACGGUCGCAUUGAGGUACAGGCCAAGCUCCCUGAAGGUGACUGGCUCUGGCCUGCCAUCUGGAUGUUGCCCAAGGACAAUGUCUAUGGUGACUGGCCCCGCUCUGGCGAGAUUGACAUCAUGGAGUCUCGCGGUAACAACUACACCUACGCUCAGGGUGGCAACAACAUCGCCUCCAGCACCCUCCACUUCGGUCCCAAUGCUGCCAACGAUGGUUGGUGGCGCAACAACGUCAAGCGCCAGGCUCUCCACACUACCUACGCCGCUGGCUACAACACUUUCGGUGUCGAGUGGUCUGAGAAGUACAUCUUCACCUACAUCAACACUCGCCUCCUUCAAGUCAUGUACACUCACUUUGACGAGCCCUUUUUCGAGUAUGGUCGCUUUCCCCUUGCCGACAGCAACGGUACCCGUCUGGACGAUCCUUGGGCUUCUACUGGCUCCAACACCUCGCCCUUCGACCAGGACUUCUAUCUCAUCAUUAACGUUGCUGUCGGUGGAACCAAUGGAUGGUUCGAGGAUGGCAAGUCUAGCAAGCCGUGGCUCGAUGGCUCUAAGACAGCCAAGAAGGACUUCUGGCAGGCCAAGGACCAGUGGUACCCUUCCUGGGAGAAGAGUGGUCAGAUGGAGGUUAAGAGUGUAAAAAUGUGGCAGCAGUCUGGUUACAAUGGUUGCAAUGCGUAGUUGCAGCUGUAGUCAGAAAUACGGAAAGUGUUGAUGUUGAGCGGCGUUUUGGUGCUCGGGUGGCUUGAACGGCGAUCGGCAGGUCAGCCGCUAUGAAUAUACCACCAGAGACACAAUAAUUUCUAUUCAUUAUCAUGAGGAUUCUCACAUUAAGCUAUCGAGAAACUUGGUAUCGUGAAAAGAUCUGCUCUAACUUGGCACUCCCGCCCGGAGACGAGAAAGAUGUGUGCAAGGAGUGGGCAGAGGGGCCGUGCGGGACAGGGUUAGUUGGACCCUUGUACCUGCAUGACAAUCACUCCUCUAGUAGCGCCGCUGAAUCAAAGCGGGCUUGACUCCGGCCUCGAAGGGCCUUAUCGCCCAAUCGUGUCGACGUCACCAUGAUAGAUGCGCGGAUCCUGCCGCGGCACAAGUCAGACGCUGCAGUGUUGGAACCUUCCUCGGCCUGGCCGUCCUCCAUCCUGCAGCCACCAGAUUACAGCAAUUGUCUCAACACCCUUGGU